UUCUCUCUCUCUCCCUCCCCCUCUCUCUCUAAUCUGGUCCUCCAGUCUCCAAACUCCCAGUACCUUGUGCUCCUUCCGAGGAUACCAUCAUGUUCUUCACGUUCCUGCUACAGGUGAUUUGGAUCCUGGCUGCUUUCGGGGAUGAACACUGGACAUAUGAGGGCCCACAUGGUCAAGACCACUGGCCGGCCUCUUUCCCUGAGUGUGGAGGCAAUGCCCAGUCCCCCAUCAAUAUCGAGAAAAACAGUGUGACUUUUGACUCGGACUUGUACGCUCUGCAGCCCCACGGAUAUGACCAGCCUGGCACCGAGCCUCUGGAGCUGCACAAUAACGGCCACACAGUGCAACUCUCUCUGCCCCCUACCCUGUAUCUGGAGGGACUUCCCCGGAAAUAUGUAGCUGUCCAGCUCCACCUGCACUGGGGUGAGAGAGGAUCCAAGAUGGGGUCGGAGCACCAGAUCAACAGCAAAGCCUCGGCUGCAGAGCUCCACAUCGUGCAUUACGAUUCUGAUUCCUACAACAGCGUGAGUGAGGCUAUGAAGAGCCCUCAGGGCCUGGCUGUCUUGGGCAUCCUCAUUGAGGUGGGUGAGACUGAGAAUCCAGCUUAUGAACACAUUCUGAGUCGCUUGCAUGAAAUCAGGUAUAAAGGUCAGAAGACCUCAGUGCCUCCCUUCAGCGUGAGAGAGCUGCUCCCCCCAGAGCUGGCACAGUUUUUCCGCUACAAUGGCUCGCUCACCACACCCCCCUGCUACCAGAGUGUGGUCUGGACAGUCUUCAGUCAGAAGGUCCAGAUUUCAGCGGGACAGCUGGAAAAGCUUCAGGAGACACUACUCUCUAGAGAGAGGGAGCCCGCUCAGGUCCUGGAACAGACCUACCGAGUCCCACAACCUCUCAAUCAGCGAAAAGUCCUUGCUUCUUUCAACCAAGACGAAUCCCCGUAUACCACAGGUGAAAUGCUGAGCAUAGGAGUGGGAAUCUUGGUUGGCAGCCUCUGCCUUGUGGUGGUUGUUUAUUUCAUCGCUAAGAAAAUCCAGAAGAAGAAGUUGGAAGACGAGAAGAGUGUGGGAUUCACCUCAGCACAAGCCACGGAAUAGACUCCAUCUCGAACAUCAUGGACUCCUAGGUCAUACCUGUCAGGGAGCAUCUAGAAUGGGAGACGGGGACUGGCCAGAAAUACAAACCCCUCCUUCCUCCAGACAGUCAUGGACUGGCUCUCAGUCGAGAAAGAACUUCAGUCUCUCAAAACAUAUAGGAGAUGAGGAGACCCCGACAUUGAUAAUGCAGAGGGCACACUGUGUUUGGUUGUAGGGCAAGUUGGGAAUGUGACCCAAAUUCCCCCACCCCCUCUCCUUUAUGGCUCUUUCUCUAGAUACGGGCAGGAUAUCCCCUCAGGAAAAAGGGUUGCUGUUGUGGGGGUUAUAUUUUUGCUCAAUAUAUUUGAAAAUUAAGGUUUCUGACCCACCUCUGGCUUUACCUUUGGGACUCUUGAGUGUGGGAGAGUUCCUUAAUCCCUCAGGUGGCAGAGGUAGGCAAAGGAUAGGGAAAAAGAAGCAUGUGUGAGUAACUUCUUUUACCCCGAUCCUCGGAGAGACCCUAGAAAAUGCUUAACCCAAAGUUUCCGACAUGUUAAACCACCAGCCCAUAUUUCUACCCUUGCACCAAACCUAGGUCAGGAGGGGAUCGCAGGUGCCAAAUUAGGAAGAGAGUUGCACCAGAGACGUGAGAGGACAGGAAUCUCGACUAAUGUUAUCCCCUUCCUUCAAAGGCACGUUCCCCCACAAUUAUAAAGUCCUUUUUAUUAGUCAAAAUCACAGUCACCUUGAUUAAAAGGAUGGAACACGCCAUCCUCAGCAGAAAAUGAUACAGUUUAUAGAAAACCUCCCCACCCCACCCCCAUACAGUCCCAAUUAAAAACUAGAAAAAAAUCUUCCCUCCUUCCCUACGAUGUCAUGGUAGGCUGGCUCCUCCAGUGGCACUGUAGCUCCAGAGUGGGCCAGCUCGCCACAGCACCCUCCACUUCACCUUGGGGAGAGGAGGGAUGCUGGUGGUCAAGGAGGUUAAAACAUUAGUUCCAGUAAUACCAGUUCCCAAACAUGCAUUUCCUUUCCUAUCCCCCAUGGGACCAUGGAGAAUAGGGGACAGAUAGGAGCCCAGCUAGAAGGAGCAAUUUGAGGAGGUUAGGAGAAGUCCAACAUACCUCCUCCCUUUUCCUUCUCAAAAAAAAAAAAAAAAAAAAAAAGGAAAGAAAAA